GUUCCAGGUCGAUUCGAAGGGGAUGAGUUGAGCGUGAGCCCGCUUCUGGAAGGAAUCCAGUGGACGCGUCUUCAAGUUUUCCAAAUGACCGAUACCUCGCUGACUGAAAACGAGCUUGCGCAGUGGUGCAAGGCUCUUGGACCCCAUUUGAAGGGACUAUUUCUGCUACGCAUCGUGCUUAUAGAUGGGUGGUGGGCGCCGAUACUUGAUAUUCUCCGCGAGAAGGUGACUGAAUCUCGGGAAUACCAUAAAAAGGACCCACACGUACAUAUGCAUGACCUCCAAGGGGCGGAGAUGGGGUUCGCGAACUUUCCAAUGUGGGAUGAGGAAGUAGCGGGCGAUGGAGAACUGGAGGUUCGGGCUUAUCACUAUGUGACCGGGUGGGCGUAUUUGAAUGGGGAGAAUCCCUGCCGCAAAGUGUUGAACAGAAACCGGUAGUUUCUGUUCACAUCCCAGAAGUCGAUCGAGCACUUAUAUGUGUGUUUCGUGCACUGGUGCUAUGAGGUGGUAAGAGAUCUACUGCGGCAUUGAUUGCCAUGACUUGUGUGUGUUUUCAGUCUCUCUUUCGAUUAUGCUUGUUGUUGUUUUCUGCACCGACCUGUAUUCCCCUGUGUUCUUUUCUGAUUUCUUCAUGUCUGAGUGUACGCCUCUGUGCCACAUAUUGCAAGCAAAUGUCGGCAAUUGUAUGUGAUAGCACCACAGCAUCAUUGACUCUCAUCAGCAGUUGUAA